GUUAUAAUAUAGUAAACUCUCCACAUCUUACUCCUGCCUAUGAGUUGGAUACUGCCUUGCUAGAUUAUUCUGAAAAUCUUUCUUCACUUGGUUAUAAGACUCACGUCGAGUCUGAAAAAGAUUUGAAAGCAAUUAUUGAAGGUGUUAAACAGCAUGUUAUUAGCAAAAUACGUUUAUGGGAAUUCUAUGUUAUUGAUGUCAAAGAAUCAUUAAGUGAAUUUCAUGCGGCAUUAGAUAAGAAUGUAUCAAUUGACAAGUCUUUAUUUGAAGAUAUUGACAUUGCUGCACUUCCAUUUGUUGAACAAGCAAAGUUAUUAGCUGAUAAAGGUCUAUAUAAUAAAGGUUCUUUUGGUCAGCGUUUCUAUAAAAAAAUAAAUAUUAAUAUUGCUCUUGCUUUUAUUGAGAGGUUGAUUGAGACUGAGGAAAAAUACAAAAGUACGACUAAUGAUUCUAGUGUAUCAAUCAAAGAUUCGUCUCAGAAUGAACAAUUAAAUACGGAUAAACUAGAAAAUUAUAAGCAUGAUUCUGAAUCUAACAAUAUUAUAGAAUCCAAAUCUACCCUUCUCAAUGGAAUGAAUAAAGCAGAGGACAAGAGUGUAGAUUGUGAGAGUCAAGAAAUGACUUCUGAAAAGACUAUAAAUGUGGAGUCUGUAGAA